AUGUACAUCCCUAAGGCUUUUGAAGUCACGGACGAAGCAAAGCAAUUCGAUUUAAUCAGGGAAAAUCCUUUGGGAGUUUUAUUUAGCUACGCUCCCGAAUCUAAUGGUAUUCUGGGUUACUUCAAGCCCGCAGACGCGUUCGCUAGCAUGUGUGCCACUCACGUCCCAUUUGUAAUUGUUAAGACAGACGAAGGGAAGAGCCGUCUUGUGACACAUAUAGCGAAGAACAACAAGCAUGCUGACUUUUUGGAGAAGCAGAACGACUGCAUGGUCGUAUUCCAAGGUCCUUCCAACUACAUUUCGCCUUCAUGGUACCCAUUGAAGAAGAAGACUCACAAGUUUGUUCCAACCUAUGACUACAGCGCAGUCCACAUAUAUGGGAAAGCCAAGGUAAUAAGGGGUGACAAAAGGUGGCUCCUGGAAAUGCUGAACGCCGUAACGGACCAGGAAGAGGGCAAGAGGCCUGACGGCGAUGAGUACGAAGAAAAAUGGGCUGUUUCGGACGCCCCAGCCGACCUCAUCGAUGCCAAAAUGAACAACAUUGUCGGCGUCGAGAUUGAAAUUGAGAGGAUGGAGACGCAGUUUAAGGCGCAUCAGAACCAGCAUCCCAUCAACGUCGAGGGCGUGGCCGAAAACUUGCCAAAAGAGUGCGGUGAGAAGGGCAAGUCUUUAGCCGACUUUAUGUUGCAAGAAUACCCCAGAAAAGACGAGCUUCAGGCACCCUCGUCAAAUUGA